AUGUCGAGAGAAGCAGCUAAAAAGAAGUAUGGUAUAUCAGAUCUGACAUUAUUAAAGAACACUGCUGAAAAUGCUAUUGAACAGGCAAGGGAGAUUCGUGAUGCAGUAGAUCAUUUGUCAAAUGUAAAAGAGGACUGCAUCCUAGAAGAACUUGGUAUAUUUUGUGGUAAUGAUUCCAAAAGUGACAGUGACGAAAGUGAAUCAAGUGACGAUGAAACAAGUGAAAAUGGCAGUGACACAGGCUGCCCCGAUGACGUGGAUAGUGAAAACAAUGGUCAGAAUUCCAAUGUUCCACCCAACAGAAGUGCCUUAGACCCUGAUGUCAUUAUGAAAGGAAUGGCCACAGUUUCCCCUGCACCAGGCAAUGAACACCUCCUGAUGCUUCUCAGAGAAAACAAUCACAAUUGGUUUUCAUUUGUGGGGGAAUUGAAGAUGUUGCUUCACAUGUACACCCCUGAGGUCCUAAACCAGGUGCUUGUGGAUUUUGCAGCAUUCCUGCCCUUCAGUGACUUGUCUGAUGAAGAAGAAAGACUAGUAGAACAAUCCCGGCAAGCAUUCUUGAUGACAGAGAGAAGAGUAGCAAGAGAAGAUGAUGAUGUGUUGUCUGAUUCAGAGAGCGAUGAUCCAGAGGAUUGGGUGGAUGUGGGUAAAGGACUCACUGAGAAGAUGAAAUCACUUGUGGUAAACGAAAAGAGAAAACAGAAGAAAAGGGAUAGGAGAAGGUUUCUAAAGCUGGUGGCAGAGAAAAGUGUACUGAAGAGAAGGGUUCCAAAACGUGCUUCAAAACUACUUAAGCAAUUCCCUAACCUUGGGAAAGAUAUUGAAGAUUUCGUAAAUGAAAAUCGAGUUGGGGCAGAUGCAUGAAGAACGGGUGUUGCCACCUUUGAUGGAAACGUUAAGAGUGGGCCUCGUGUGACAUACCGCAGAAUCAAAGAACACCUAGAAAGAAAGUAUCAGAGAAAGUUUAGUUAUGGGGCAAUUGUCCAGCUGACUGUUGUCCGGAACAAAAGGCGCCAAUCUUCCAAACGCUAUUGGGGUGCAGCACAGAUUACUUGCAGAAGGGCUCGAAAAGGAUUUAACAUCAAACUAAACCCAGAUGCACACUGGAGUUCCUCCUUCUACAAAGGACUGGACGAGAUACAGUUAGAAGAUGGUAGAGACAAGUGUAUUAUCAAUCGUGACAACGUAGCUGGCUUCAGAUUAGACACCACAUAUACUCAUAAGCAGUAUAAGGCAAUCUCGGAUGCAAGUCAACAAGAAGUCACAACAAGAACAGACUAUGUCAACAAAUAUGCAUCCAUAUUACAAGUGAUAUCGUAUCUAGUGCCAGGUACAAAAACAACUCCCCAAUACUCAGCAGGCAUUGUCAAAGCACACAUUGUGUACCCGAAAGAUCCAUUGCAGCAUGCGGCAGAUGUUGUUAUGCUCGAGAAUGAACAGGAAUUCAAGCCCUGCAUGAAGAACAAGCCAAUAGAUUGCAUUCGAGUAGACGGUGCAGCUGAUGAAGUGUCGGAAACGUAUUGUUAUCAAGUCGCGUGACUAUAGGGCGUGGCGAACUUGACACCUUUGUAUUGUACAUGUGAUUGAACCAGUAAGAGUCAACAAUGACCGGAAAUUCCUGUGUAACCAAAAAACUAAGACUAGAGCUGAUAUAAGAAUGUACAAUCGCGUAAAUUGACGAGUUAGAGAGUUGUACUCAAUGUGAUCGGGUAGUGAGAAAAUAAAUAACUUUAAAACAUAUUGUGACUUUUGGAGAGAACUAGAGGAAAGGGGAACAUUCUCCAAACGUGGCAUCUCCGACGGGACCGCUAUCAACUUUGGCUGUGAGUAUAAUUUAGUCCUGAAUUUUCUUUAAAGCUACGCAACCGACGGCAAUGGAAAACGCGAAGGGAAAACUGCAAACGAAGCUUACACAACUGGGAAUCCAUGCCAAGCGAACACAACAAGUGCUCGAUUCAGGCUAUCGAGAGACACACGGGAGCGUUGCGGUCUACAAUAUCCGAGGCGGAUGAACUGAAGCGCGCUUUGGAAGCGUUAAAAAUCGAAGCAGAAGAAGAUCUUGGUGACAUAGCCACGUGGAAUGCCGAGAUUGACCAUCAACUAAUGAAAGCUGAUGAAGAGGUCGGGAAGCUUCGCAAAUGGCUCGAAGAAAGAAGACGCCAGGAAGAGACGAAUGCGCGCGAGGAACAACUCAAGUUUGAGUUGAAGCUGCAAGAACAAAAGAUGAAACUCCAAAACGACCUUGCUACGCAAGAGAGCCACGAAGGGGGCGGGUCACCCAAACAAACAACGCAAGCGAAGCUACCGAAGAUUGAGAUAAAAAUGUUCGAAGGUUCUUACUUGGAUUGGCCGAGGUUCUGGGGCCAGUUUACAGAAACGAUAGAUAAAGCAGAAGUGGCACCCAUCAACAAAUUUACCUAUUUGUGUGGGCCACUGGGAUCGAAAGUAAAAACCUCUGUGGAAGCCUUGCCGUUUACAUCUGAGGGCUACAAUAGAGCCAAGUCGAUACUAUUAAGCAACUAUGGAAAGGAAUCCGAAAUAACGAAGGCGUACAUAAAAGAAAUAAUGGCCCUCCCCGUCAUCACAAGCGCCAACCCUAGGAGGAUAAGUGAGUUUAGUGAGACAUUGACGUACUGUGUACAAGCGUUAGAAACGAUGAAUAAACUGAGUGAGGUUAACGGAAACGUGCCCAUGACACUGGAUAAACUUCCAGCGAUUCGGGGAGACCUAGUAGGAAUGGAUCCAGAGUGGGAGAAGUGGAAUUUCGCCCAGUUGUCAGAGGCAGUGAGACUGUGGACAAAAAGAAACCCAGUUGAAGAACGAGAGACGUCAGAGCAAUUUAAUUCGAAACGUGACCGCUCGAAUAAGCUCUUCCAAGCAUGAGGUGGCGAGGGUAAGCCAAACAAGUGCGUUUAUUGCAGUGAACAAACAGACAGCGGGAAGCAGACGUUGAUGACAGCCAGUGAGAACAAUGAAGGAAUCAUGCCAGUAUUAACAGUAAAGGUCGAUGGUAUUACCUGUUGCGCGUUGAUAGAUACAGGAGCGGGGAGUUCAUAUGCAUCUGCAAAGCUGUUGGAUCUUCUAAAGAAAAAGCCAAGUGAAACGAAAACAAGACGUGUGGAUAUGCUAAUCAGCUCGAAAGUAACCAAACUAGAAGUGUACGACACCGUCGUGGAAUCCUUAGACGGAAAUUAUCAGGUGCCUGUGAAGCUAAUGAAGGUCAACAAAGCAGAGCUAUUAUCGAUUGAAAAUCCAAAGUACGGAACACUGGUACACAAGUAUUGGACAGGAUGGAGAGCCGGUGGCAGAGAAAACUAAACUGGGAUGGUUUAUUAUGAGCCCGGGAUCAGAAUUUGACCACAACACGAUGCUGCUGACCCAAACAUCACAGAGUGACUAUGAGGACUUAUGCAGGCUUGAUAUACUGGGGCUUGCAGACACACCAGAGCAUGACCAGAGCUUUCUGCACGCAGAAUUCAAGGAACAACUUCAACGCUCACCGGAAGGAUGGUAUGAAACUGGACUACCAUGGCGAGGAAAUCAUGCAGAACUACCAACAAACAAACAAGGAAGCUUACGACGCCUGUCAAGUUUGACCAGGAAACUGCAGCGCAGUAAUCUGACCGGGGAAUACGAUGGCAUAAUAAGAGAGCAACUCCAGAACAACGUAGUUGAAGUCGCACCAGUAGAAGUCGUGGGGAAGGAAUUUUACAUUCCACACAAAGCAGUGAUUAGAGAAACGGCUGAAACAACCAAAAUGCACAUAGUUUAUGAUGCUUCAGCAAGAGCAACGCCAGAGUCACCGUCGCUGAACGAGUGCCUUUAUCCUGGCCCUCCAUUGCAAAACAAGCUUUGGGACAUACUAGUGAGACAGAGAGCAUACCCCAUAGCUGUAACCGCAGACAUCCAGAAGGCCUUCUUACAAAUACUCAUCCGGGAGUGUGAACGUGAUGCAUUAAGAUUUCAUUGGAGGAAAAGUGAACACGGAAAGCUAGAGACACUACGUUUCACAUGUGCGCUGUUCGGUCUAGCCCCAUCACCCUUUCUGCUCGGUGGCGUAAUAGAAGCCCACUUGGAUGCAUGGGAAGAACGGGAACCAGAGAUAGUCGCAGAGCUUCGACGCAGUUUAUAUGUUGAUGAUUUACUAACAGGUGGACGAAAUACAAGCCAGGCCCGGCAGCGCAAAGAUAAAGCCGUUCAAAUAUUCAGCGACGUAAUGUUCCAACUCCACAAGUGGCAUUCCAACGUCAAACAACUAGAGGAAGAUACAAACCUGACCGUCAGUCCUGAAGAACAGUCAGUAGUAAUACCCGAAGAAGAAACCCAGCCAACCAAGCGAGGCAUUCUGGGAAAGAUGGCCAAGAUUUAUGAUCCCUUAGGCCUGAUUGCACCGUUAACUCUCACCGCUAAGCAGAUUUAUCGCGAGUUGUGUGAGGCCAAAGUACAAUGGGAUACGAAGAUCAACGGAGAGCUCCUACACCGUUGGGAAAAAUGGGAGCAACAAUUACCUCGUGAACAGCAAGUACCGUGAUCGAUAGCAAGUUAUCAAGAAGCAUUACAAGAAGGAGAACUACACUCUUUUGGGGACGCGUCAGAACGAGGAGUAGGAGCGGCAGUUUAUGCAGUUGUACGUCAACCAUCAGGCAACACUCAACGAUUAGUGGUCGCCAAGAGUCGACUUGCCAAACAGGGACUGACUAUUCUGCACCUAGAGUCGAUUGCAGCGCACAUGGCUACCAAUCUAUUAGUAAACGUACGCAACGCCCUAGACAACAUUCCCUCCCCAAAGAUGUUCGGAUGGUUAGACAGCACCGUCGCACUUCAUUGGAUCAAGGGAAAUGGCCAGUAUAAAUAGUUUGUCGCGAAUCGAGUUGCCAAGAUACAACUACACAAUGAGGUUGAGUGGAGGUACGUGCCCACUGAUGAAAACCCAGCAGACCUGGUGAGCAGAGGCGCCCCAGUACACUCAGCACUUUGGCAACAGGGACCGGAGUGGCUUCAAGACAACUCCAAGUGGCCAAUCAACCCAGUCACUCGAUCCUCACCAGCAUCAGAAGUUGAGGCCAAAGUCAUUAGGGAAGUGCUCAACCUAGCACAAACCAAAUCAGAACCAGACGAAUUCGAUGAACUCCUGGAACGCACUAGUUUGCGACGGACCUUGAGAGUCGGCGCGUGGCUAAAGAGAUUCAUUCAUAACUGCAAACAUAAAGACAAGAAACUCGGGCCUCUACUAACUGAAGAAAUAGAAGAUGUACGUGGAUGGUGGAUUAAGCAAGUCCAACGGCGAGACAGAGAAACCACGGGUUACCCUCAGAUUAGCGGUCAACUUAACCUGAAACCCAAUGCAGAGGGAGUGAUGACAUGCCACGGCCGGAUACAGGGGCAAACUCCGAUAUACCUACCCAACAGUGAAAAGUUUACAGAAAAACUGGUCCAACAAGUUCAUUGCGAGACACUGCAUGGGGAGUCGCACUGACAAUGGCAGCAGUAAGAGAGAGGUACUGGGUACCGAAACUUCGAAGUUUGGUCAAGUCGGUCCGAAGCAAGUGCUAUGGUUGUAAGAGAUUCAAUGCAACUCCAGCAAGAAACCCAAUUCCUGGUCAGUUACCGGAAGAUCGGACCACAGUUGGUGCGGCAUUUGAAAUCAUCGGCACAGAUUUCGCUGGACCAGUGAAGUACAAACAGGGAAAGAGAAGUCAAGGGAACUCCUAUCUGGCUAUCUUCACUUGUAGCCUUUCAAGGGCUAUACACCCAGAGUUAAUGGCCAGCCUGGAGACAGACAACUUCAUUACUUGUCUCAAGCGUUUCAUCGCUCGUCGCGGACGACCACGGGUCAUCUACUCAGAUAAUGGCGGUACCUUCAUCAAAGCCGAGAAAUGGCUACGGCAGUUACAGAAGUAUGAGCGUCUCCAGGGUCUUCUUGAACAACACGAAAUUACCUGGAAAUUCAACUUGAGCCGCGCCCCUUGGUGGGGGGGUCAGUUCGAGAGAUUAAUUGGAGUCGUGAAAUCCUCCCUGUACAAAACUAUUGGUGGAGCUACUCUAACCUGGCCUGAGCUAAGUGAGGUGUUACUCGACGUUGAAACGCAGAUUAAUCGCCGCCCAUUGAGCUAUGCGGAAGAUGACGUCGAGUUACCAAUCUUAACGCCUUCAAUCUUCUUGUACCAGUGAACAAACCAGUUACCGGAAGAGGAGACCUGGAGGAUAACAGACCAAGACAUCAGGAGACGUGCAAAGUAUUUGCGAACCUGUAAGGACAAAAUGUGGAGUCGAUGGCAAAGAGAAUACCUUACAGCACUAAGAGAAAGACACAACCUGACGCACACAGUGAGCAAGUUCCAACCUAAGAAAGGAGACGUUGUCAUAGUGAAAACUGACAGCAAGAAUCGUGGAACAUGGCCGCUGGCCAUAGUGAAUGAAGUUUACCCUGGCAAUGACGGCGUCAUACGCGCAGUCCAACUUAAAACUGCCAAAAGCAUGCUGGAACGACCAGUACAACAUUUGUACCCAUUGGAACUUGAGUGUGACGUCAGCACUCAAGUGGCAGAUCCACGCUUAAACCCACAGGCUCAGGAUUUCCGCCCUAGAAGAGACGCAGCAGCAGCAGCAAGGUUGCAAAUGAAACAAGUUGCAGAUGUUGAACAAUGUGAACUAUGAACAGUAAAUCAAACAAGUUGCGGAUGAUUAACAAUGUGAGAUGCGAACAGUAAUUAGUGCUUCGUGAAAACUGAUCCAUGAGAAGUGGACAAAUAAUUAUUUUGUUUUGAGAACAUCAGUAUAAGGCCUGAACUGUGAACACUGAAAUCGUUUAUAGGAAGUAAUGUUGAUCGAGGAAAGUUUUAUACUGAUUAUCGUUUUGUUACCGCUCGCAUGAUUCAAAUAGGUUUAAAUAUUAUGACAUAUGCUUCGAUAGCGAACCAUAUGAGGGGAGAGUGUCGGAAACUUAUUGUUAUCAAGUCGCGUGACUAUAGGGCGUGGCGAACUUGACACCAUUGUAUUGUACAUGUGAUUGAACCAGUAAGAGUCAACAAUGACCGGAAAUUCCUGUGUAACCAAAAAACUAAGACUAGAGCUGAUAUAAGAAUGUACAAUCGCGUAAAUUGACGAGUUAGAGAGUUGUACUCAAUGUGAUCGGGUAGUGAGAAAAUAAAUAACUUUAAAACAUAUUGUGACUUUUGGAGAGAACUGGAGGAAAGGGGGACAUUCUCCAAAGAAGGUCCGUCACAUGAAGAAGUACAAUUUAUGUGGACUGAGCGACAUUUGGAACAGGAAAAAGUGUGUACCUUGGUCACCACCCGCUGCAGUGGCUCAUCAUACCUAAACAGAGUUGAGCUUCAAAAUGGAUGUUUGUCUGUAGCCCAUGGAAAUAUCUUCAUUCCGUCAACCAUUCAUGGAUCCAACUUUGGAAAGAAUGGGUCAAUUGAUUAUGAAAAACUUGAAAGAAAUCUUGAUGCUGCUACGGAUGUUUAUAUCAGCAAGUGUAAUAAUGCGCCAUUUGGAAACUCGUCCAUAAUGCUUUUUAAGGGCAACAGGAGUGAUCUUGCAAGGAAUUACAAAAGCAGACGACCUCACCUUAUUGCAUUUUUGAAGGGUUCACAGCAGAGCAAAAGAAAACUCAAGGAAGAAAACCCAGCCCUUUUUUAAUACUCCACAGAAAUUUGGCAGCUUAGAGAUCGGCACAUGGUGGAGGGGCUCCCAAGUCAGUAUAUAUUCCAGCUCCUACCAUGCUACAAAGAUGUCUGCAUUCACCCAGUCUGCAGAAAAGGUAAACCUGAUAAAGAGCCUGUGUGGUACGCCGGUGGACCACCCCUUUUGUAUCUUCCCAUUCCUGUUCCAGACCCAAAGCAUUAUUGGGGACAGCCAUGUGACAGAUGCAAGGGCCUUUGCACCGGCCAUUAUUUAA